AUGGGUUGGGGAUUGGAGAAGUUGCAGAGAGAGCACCAAAUUGCGAUUAAAAACGCAGGAAUAGGUGGCAGGAACCAGGGAGCAUGGAGGUCUAGAAAAAACGAAAACUACUUGGUACAAGAGCGAGCAAAACUCGAAGGAGCAGGAGCGUGGAACAAAGGUAUGGAACAGGACAAGGGCAAAAAUGGACAGACAAAAGUUGUGGAAAAUAUCCAGUAUGGCAUCGAACAGGUCAGGACCGAGCACAACAACCCUGCGACACAACCCGCCACAUACGUUUUGAGGACGCCCCCAGUACGAUCUGUUUGCACAUGGCUAUUUGAGGAAAGGGAGAAUUCGAAGCUGGACAUUGGCAUCAUUCAGCAGGUAUUAAGCAUGGCUUUAACUUGUUCAAACGCGGGUGGACAAUGUGAAUUCCUUUUGCAAAACUCCGAGUUGUAG